AUGCCCGAUAUCCCUGUGGGCACUCAGAUUUUUGACCUCGUCUUUCAUCCAAUUACCUCCAUUGUCUUCACUGGACUACUCACUGGACACGUAAAGGCGUUCAGCUACGACGAGGAUGGCGGACAUAGCAGCAUAUUCACUGUCAGACCAUCCAAGAGGUCUUGUCGUACACUAGCCAUCAAUGAGGACGGCAGUAAGCUGUGGGCUGCAGGAAAAGCAAAGUCAUUGAAUACUAUAGACGUCUCGACGGGAAAGAUAAUUGACGUUCGAUUGAACGCCCACGAUGCACCCAUAAACCGUAUGAAGCGUCUUCAACCCAAUCUCCUCGCAUCUGGAGAUGAUGAUGGUGUCAUCAAGCUGUGGGAUCCCCGAAGGCCAGACGCAGCGCGACAAUACAAUCACCACUUUGAUUUUAUCUCCGAUUUUCUAUGGCUAGACGAUUCGAAGCAGCUGAUCUCAACAAGUGGCGACGGCACUCUGUCCGUCGUUGAUGUGAGGUCUAAAAAGGCGGAGCCAAUCGCGCAGUCGGAGGACCAGGAAGACGAGCUGCUAUCGAUUGUCUCCAUCCGAGGAGGCCAAAAAUUUGCUGUUGGAACGCAAUUAGGCAUCUUAUCUAUUUUCAACCGACGCAGUGGAUGGGGCGACUGUGUCGAUCGCAUUCCUGGCCAUCCUCACUCUAUCGACACGCUUUGCUCUUUACCGUCUGUAUAUGCUUCUUCUCAGUCCACAUUUCUCACAGGCUCCUCGGAUGGCAUUCUGCGCGCCGUGCAACUCUUUCCAACUAAGUUGUUGGGUGUCGUCGCAGACCAUGGCGAGUUUCCAAUUGAACGUAUUGCGGUUGAUCGAGAUGGAGAAGGUCGUUGGGUUGGAAGUGCAGGUCAUGAAGAGAUACUGAAGCUGACUGACUUGAAGGAAGUGUUUGAGGACGAGGGAGAUAAGGACUCGGAGAAGGAGGGCAGCAGUGACGUGGAGGACAGCGAGAACGAACAGGCUGGUGGAAAAGCCACGACAUUCAAUAUCAGGAACGAAGAGCAGAAUAGCAGUGAGAGUUCUGAACAAGAGGACGCGGAGGAAGAGGCGAAUUCAAGAGGCGAAGACCCCGAAGCAGAGCACGAACCAAAGCAGAAAAAGCGGAAGCGCAACAUAGAUAAUAACUCGUUGAAGGCAUCUAAAACCAAGAAGGGUCGAAAUGAGUAUAUAAUGGACAUCGCUCUCCGUGGCAUAGUAACGAUCACAAAUGUCGAUCACAAAAACAGGGUAGCGUUUCUGGAGGACGCCGACAAGGAGCGUUUGCGUGGUGUAAUCCCGCAGUUGGCUGACGAAGUCUGCGAAGCGGAACAGUGGGAAAUCAUUGCUGGCACUGGAAACCGCUAUCUCAUCAAUAAUGUCAAGUUUAAGUACGCUGCUGCCGUUGAUCGUCCAUAUCAGAAUGGUACGCCCGUUGUCGGCAAGCGGGACGGAAAGCAAUGGUGGUUCAUAGAGAAAGUGAGGAAGGGAGUGUCUGAUUCGAGUUCUUAUUUCAUUCGACACAAUGAAGAAAGAAGUCUUUGUUGGAAUUUGUGCGAUGGGACACCGCAUACGCCUAUAUGCUUGCAGACGGACACUAAAGACGAGCAAAGCAUGUGGAAUAUUGUACCUUAUGACAUGCAUAUGAGUAGAAACCAUCUGACUAAUUCCCUUAGUCUCACUCCACCUACUAUUCCGCCAUCCAUUUCUGCGUUCCUUAAGAAUCUGAGGAUUUGUAGCUUGAGGAUUGAUGAGAAUUGGAAGGUCUGCCCAUCAACAGCGAUUGCACUGCAAGUCUUGAAGUGUGCUUCUAAGAUGAUUGAUGAAUAUAUUUGCAUCGAUGAAGACAUUGAUGGUCUGCUCAAGAGCAUCACAGCCGUCUAUGAAUAUAUAUCCAAGAAAGAGAUCUUGAUUAGGGAUAAACUUGUGGAGGAGGUUUUAGCAAAACUAGCCCAACAAGUUUUGGAAUGUGCUGACUUCAUAAUCAAUUAUAGCGAGAAGAAGAGCUUCUGGAUUCAAUCCGGUCAGGAUGUCCAGAGUAAUACAGACGCCGAGAUUCAACAUUUCAAAGUUGUCCUUGAUGACCUCAUAUAUAGCCUUCGCUAUCGAUAUCGCUGUAGUCCCUCGAUCAGGAUUCACAGGGCAACUCAAGACUUGGAUCUUAGCAAGCUGGGGUGUGCGCUGGCGGAGAAUGCUGGAAUGAAUUCGUCCAAGAAGUGCCUCUCAGGUACUCGGAAAACGCUUCUCUCAAUGAUCAGAGACUGGAUCUAUGUGACUGGAGAUGAUGCAAGACAGGUCUUUUGGUUGUCUGGUCCUGCUGGCAAGGGAAAAUCAGCAGUUUCUCAUACAAUAGCUAGCUCAUUGGAUGAGCGUGGAGAACUUGCAUCUUGUAUUUCCUUCGAUCGUACACGACGACAAGACUAUCAACUUGAGAAGAUUUUCACUACCAUUGCGCGGGACAUGGCUCAUAACAACCCUCUUGUCCGGCGAAAAUUGGCAGAUGUUAUCCACCUCAUUGACUCUCAGCAUUCCGUGGACUUCGCUUGGCAAUGUGAAGUCUUAUUUUCUCGGCCAAUAGAUGCGGCAUCCAAGAUUGUAGCUGCACCUGUUGUGGUCAUUUUUGAUGGACUGGACGAGAGUGGCACAAGCGACACCCGAAAGCAUAUUCUUCGUCUGCUCGCUGGACAACUAGCCACAAUUCCAUCAAACGUUCGUAUACUCGUUACCUCCCGUCUGACUGAAGAUAUUCAGAACGCUCUGCAUGAUAUGCCACAUGUUGUCCACGUCUCGAUCGACUUUGACCCUAUCUCCACAGCUGAUGACAUCCGUUAUUAUAUAAGUACUGAACUGGCAGACGCCAGCAUCGCUACAUACGACAACCACCUUACAAUUCUUGCUACGAAGUCUGAUGGCUUAUUUGAGUGGGCUCGACUUGCCUGCGCAUAUAUCAAGCAUACCGGGAAUACAAAUGCUGUGGACUCAUCGCCUUUGGACCGUCUCAAUGCCGUAGUGACGGGAGCUUCUCCUAGAAGUGCACAGCUACUGGAUGAUAUGUACAAACUGAUUCUAGACGACACGAUACCAAACGACAAACGUGAAGAGGCAAUCCCAAUCUUUCGCGCUGUAAUGGGGCAAAUUCUUGCAUUGUCAGAGCCGCUCCCCUUCCCCGGUCUGAUUGCAAUGCGACUGCACUUUCCUUUCGAGAAUGAUCGUGAUGCAGUGCGUCGGGUCAUUCAGCCGCUGGGUUCCCUUCUCACCAUUACUACGGACAAUUAUAUUCCGGUUCGACCGCUCCAUUCAUCGUUCUACGAAUUUCUUAUGGAUGAAGUACGCAGUGCUCAAUUUUUUGUGGAUCCGUCCUUGGCACAAUAUCACCUUGCUAUCUCCUCACUUCGAAUUAUGGAAAGCGGACUCCGCUUCAAUAUCUGCUCUCUGGAGAACUCCUAUCUACCUAAUGCUGCUGUCAAAUCUCCGGGUAUUGCAGAACGAAUGAAUGAUCGCAUUUCGCCCGAACUGUCGUAUUCAUGCAGAAACUGGAUAGCACAUGUUUGUCAUACGCCAUUUGACGAAUCACUUGCUGGUGAAAUAGCAUCCUUCUUCCGCAAUGAGUGCCUCAUGUACUGGUUAGAGGCGAUGGCAUUGAUGGGAAGGCUAAAUGAUGUGGUAGGAACUCUCCCAUCAAUUGCAGCCUGGUUUAAGGGCCUCCGUCGGUACGAACAUGUCAGUGAUGCCGCGAUAGAAGCUCAGUGCUUCAUUCAAAUGUUUGGGGAUGCCAUCACAUACAGCACACCACACUUAUAUUUGUCGGCUUUACCACUUUGCCCAGCUCAGUCCUCUAUACACCGCAUAUUUUCUGUGAAGAUCCGCCAGACUGUUCGAGUGAUUGCCGGCGGUAUGGACAGUUGGCCGCAAGUGCAAAGAACGCUCAAAAGGCACAACGAUAGGAUUCAUUCAGUUGGAAUUUCAUGGAAUGGACAGCGUAUCGUGUCUGGCUCGCAAGAUACGACAGCUGGAAAGUCCGCGCAGAAUGCGGUGACGAGCGAAACCCUGGGCACCCAACUUGUAGGACAUGUUGAAGAUGCUUUGUUAGCUGCCAUCUCGUAUGAUGGCAAACACGCUGUCUCUGUAUCAGAGGGCAACGUAAUCAACCUAUGGAAUAUUGACGGUGGAAAUCUUGUGGGUUCUACAACCAUUGAGCAUGCCGACUCCGUCUUGUCUCAAGUGGCAAUCUCAUCAGAUGGACGACGUGUCGUGUCCAUUUUCAUGUCCGGAGCGGUCUAUAUAUGGGAUACGUGGGCUAGGAACACCACUAGGGCAUUCUCUGUUCAAGGCAACGGCAUGGGAUUGUCAAUUGUGUCGGCUGCGAUCUCACAAGAUGGGCGGCGUGUCACAUCGCUAGAUAAUGAAGGGACAGUCCUAGUAUUUGAUACCGAAACUGGACAGAAAGUCGGCUCGUUUCCACAGCACCUGCGCAUUGAUUCAAUCACCAUCUCUUGGGAUGGACGAUAUCUCGUCACUAAUUCUGGUCGGAGAAUUCUCAUAUGGGAUAUAGAAAUCAACGAACAGGUCAAUACCAUCGAAUUGGAUUCCAGGUCUUCAGCUACAUCAAUUGCAGUCUCUGGAGAUGGUCGAUGUGUCGUGUGCAGCUUUAACAGUUCCACGGUUCAUAUCUACAAUGUGGAGACAGGCUUAGUACAGUUAUUGUCAUCCGGCCGUCACGGUAACGUCGCAUCCAUUGCAAUCUCGCAGGAUGGAAGGCAUUGUCUAUGGAUGUACCGACGGAGCAAUCUGCGUAUGGGAUACAAGCACUAG